AUGCUUUCCGAAGCCUCGCGUCCUUCGAGAGUCGCGCCGAAGGUUCUGUAUCGUGUGCACACCAGCGCAAACUUGUCUAAUCCGCUAGUGAUGAACGAGCGAGCUGCGUGUCAGCAGGUGGAGGAAAGAGCGUUUGUGUUCGGGCAGAGAUCCAGCACGGGGAAGGUGAUAAAUGUUUCCGCACACUUCUUAAAUCAUCACGCCGGAGACCCGAACAAAGCAAAUGGACGUCAUUUUGCUGCCGCGGUAACGUCUGAAAUCGAUCACGCCUCUGAUCUGUUCUUGGCUUUCCGUUGUAGUUCCGUGGGACUCGCCAAAGCGGCUCUCGAGGCCAUCAAUGGAUUCAACCUGUUUGGAAACCAGGGAUGCUCCUGGUCAGUGAUAUUUGUGGAUUUGGAUGCUCACAAUCGCAACAGACAGACGCUGUGUUCCCUUCUACCCCGAGAGUCCCGAUCUCAUAACACGGACGCGGCCCUUUUACCCUGCAUCAGCUAUCCGGCAUUCGCGGUGGACGACGACGCACUUUACAGCCAAACGCUGGACAAAAUCGUCCGUAAGCUUAAAGGCAAAUACGGCUUCAAGAGAUUCCUGAGGGACGGAUACAGGACGGCGAACGAGGACAAGAACCGCAGAUACUACGGACCUGCUGAGAUGAAGCUCUUUGAUGGCAUCGAGUGUGAGUUUCCCAUAUUCUUCAUCUACAUGAUGAUUGAUGGUGUGUUCAGAGGAAACACGGAUCAGGUGAAAGAAUACGAAGAGCUGCUGCAGGCCGUCAUUUUUCAGUCUUAUGAAGGUCAUGCCGUCAUUCCAAAAUACUACCACGUGCCGGCGGAUUUUGUGGAGGCGGAGCAGAAGAAACACGGCAGCCAAAAACGUUUUCCGAGCAACUCGGGUCGUGACGGGAUGCUGUUCCUGUGGGGUCAGGCUAUGUACAACAUCGCCAAGCUGCUGGUGGACGGCCUGAUCAGCCCCAAAGACAUUGACCCCAUCCACCGUCAUGUACCACGUCAGGACCAGAGGAACGUUAGCAUGAGAUACUCCAACCAGGGUCCCAUCGAGAAUGAUGUGGUGAUCCACGUGGCUCUUAUCGCCGAGAGUCAGAGGUUGCAGGUUUUCUUGAACACGUACGGUAUACAGACUCAGACCCCUCAGCAGGUGGAACCCAUUCAGAUCUGGCCUCAGCAGGAGCUUGUGAAGGCAUAUCGUUUUUUGGCCAUCAAUAAGAAGCUUGGUCUAAGUGGACGUCCAGAGAGACCGGUGGGCUGCAUCGGGACCUGUAAGAUUUAUCGCAUCCUGGGGAAGACCGUGGUGUGUUACCCCAUUGUGUUUGACCUCAGCGACUUCUACCUGUCUCAGGAUGUCAUGUUGCUGAUCGAUGACAUCAAGAACGCCCUGCAGUUUAUUAAGCAGUGCUGGAAGAUGUCGGGCUGCCCGCUGUUCCUCGUUCUCAUCAGAGAGGAUAACAUCAGGGGGAGUCGCUUCAACCCCGUACUCGACAUGCUGGCCUCCUUCAAGAAGGGGAACAUCGGAGGGGUAAAAGUUCACGUCGAUAGGCUUCAGACUCUGAUCUCCGGAGCCGUGGUUGAGCAGUUGGAUUUUCUGCGUGUCAACGAAGCAGAGAUUCCCGAGUUUAAGAGCUUCGAGGAGCUGGAGCUGCCCAAACACUCGAAGGUGAAGCGUCAGACGAGCACGCCGAACGCCUCGGACCUCGAGCAGCAACCUGAGAUCGACGUCGAAGAGUGGAGGAACAAAUCCACACACGAGAUCCUGCAGAAGUUCAACGACUGCGUCUGUCUCGCCAGCCAGGCACAGCUCGCUAGUGUUCUCAUGAAGAAAGAAGGUCCAGACUUCUUCAGCAAAGACGAGUACCUGAAGGCCGAGUUGGAGCGAGUCUACAGGAGAGCAGGCAGCAGGAAACUCUGGUCCGUUGUACGUCUCGCUGCCAGUCUCUUAACUAAGCUAGUGGACAGCCUCGCUCCAAGUAUUACUAGCGUUUUAGUGCAUGGCAAACAGGUGACUCUGGGUCUGUUCGGACACGAGGAGGAAGUGAUCUCUAACCCUCUGUCUCCGGCCGUCAUUAAGGACAUCAUUUACAGGAAGUGCAGUCCUCACGGCGAGCGAGAGGCCGUGCUGCAGCAGGAGCUCGUCAUCCACAUCGGCUGGAUCAUCUCCAACAACCCCGAGCUGUUCAGCGGCAUGCUCAAGAUCCGCAUCGGGUGGAUCGUCCAGGCCAUGAAGCACGAGCUGAAGAUCCGCGCAGGAGACAUGCCACCUCAGGACAUCUACCAGAUGUCACCUAGUGAUGUCAAACAGCUGCUACUGGACGUUCUUCAACCUCAACAGACGGGCAGGUCGUGGCUGAAUCGGCGUCAGGUCGACGGCUCUCUGAACCGAACUCCUCUCGGCUUUUACGAUCGCGUCUGGCAGAUUCUGGAGCGGACGAGUAACGGCAUCGUGGUUGGAGGUCUUCACCUGCCUCAGCAACCCACUCUGUCUGAUAUGACCAUGUAUGAGAUGAACUUCUCCCUGCUGGUGGAGGACAAGCUGAAGAACAUCGUGCUGCCUGAAUACAGACAGAUCAUUGUGGAGCUCCUGAUGGUGGUGUCUCUUGUGCUGGAGAGGAACCCUGAGCUGGAGUUUCAGGAGAAGGUUGAUUUGGACAGACUGGUGAAAGAAGCCUUUAUUGAUUUCCAGAAGGAUCGAGGAAAAGCUGAGACGGCUCAAAGUGAGAAGGAUAUGGAGGUGUUCUAUAACACUCCUCCACUGGGGAAGAGAGGAACCUCCAGCUACCUGACUAAAGCAGUGAUCAUCCAGCUGUUGCAGGGGGAAGUGAAGCCCUGCAAGGACGACCCCUGCUCCGUCAGCUGAACACGCCUUCCUUUUCUUCUCACUCUCUAUUCCUCCGUGUUCCUUCCUUCUCUCCGUCCGUCCUUUCCUCUUUACCUUGUUUAUUUUUAGCGUCUAGAGCAACUCAACCUUUGCACUUGCUAUCGUACAUUUUUUUAAACUGCACUGUUACACGAAACCCCCGAGUGUUCAGCUUCACCUCCUGACCGUUUCAUCCCACACCAUUUUCCUUUUCUCUUUCUCUUUAGUUUAAACCACAUCGUGCGUUAGUUUAUCGAUUUGGCUGGUGAUGACCCGGUUUACCGUCACACCGUUAUACAAUAUAGUGCUAUUAUUAUAAGCAAAAUCCUGUCAGUACGCUCUGUGAUGAGUUUUAGAGGCAGUAAAAUAAUUACUGCUAAGCUCCGCCCACUCGACGUGCAGACACCGUACAGUGUGAAUAUGUACGUUCAUCCUGAACAUUUAAAACGACAGCUAAGAGAAACUAAAACAGGGUUUUUAAUUAGACCGUAGCUGGAGAACUAGUUUUAGCAAGAGGUUUUCUCAAUGUCAAGAAUCUUUAAUAAAGAUGAUGUCAGUUUUAAUGACAAACUCUGAACUAUUUUGGGAUUCUAACAGGAGCUGACAGGUAAUGUAAUUAGCGAUAGUUUUAUUUCUACACACCGGAUAAUCGACCCGUCUCGUCUUCCUCGUAUCUACCGUAUUCAUUUUGCUGUGGUCUUUUUUUUUUAAUACACAUUUAACCAAAUGUGACAAAAUUAAACAUUAAUUUUUACGAUUAGUAUUUAUUACUGUCUGUUUUAUUGCCUCCUUGUGGUUAAGCUACCAAUAUAGGUUAAAAACAAUUAGUCCAAUAUAAUUGACGCGUAAUCCGAUAGAAUGAACUUACCCCACCCAGUGAGAAUGAAUGACAGGUGAAGCCCUCCAUAGGGCUUUUAGAUGCAGUGCAUAUCCCUAUGUGCAAAAAAAAUGCGCUGAAUGUCUGCUUUAAUGAUUUACUUUUUUCAUUGCUUACAAUUCAAUUAUUCAUGCACGGUGAUGUAUAAUUUUGCCUCGUUCGGUCCAGCAGAAUUAGAUCUCAGUUAUGUCACCCUGAUAAAAAACAAACUAAACACUGUGAGCAGGAAAGAAAAGCUAAAUCUCUGCUUUUCAGCGGAUGGACGUUUCUGCACGAUGUAGGAUCUGUGUGUCUCACUUCUGUCUGCAUGUGUUUUUUUUUGUUGCAUGAUGGUGUUUCAAAUGUGAAUGGUGAGAUGUCUGAAGUUCAGCACUUAAUCUCGGUAAAAUAUAAAAGGUUAUUCUACAAUGAUGAUCAAAAUGAAUUUCACUGCUUUAGCUGACCUUUCCUCAUCCUGAAGCUCAAUUGGAAUGUAGUAAUGCAGUGUGUUGAAUUUGUGUGUGUGUGUGUGUGUGUGUGUGUGUGUGUGUGUGUGUGUGUGUGUGUGUGUGUGUGUGUGUUUUACAGUGUUAGGAAUAAAAUAAAUGCACAUCUGAUGUACACACUGAA